UUGCACACUCUUGUAUUACAGGUAUUUAACUACUAAAAUAUCAAAAUAAAAUAAUGGAUCAAGAUUUACAAAUCAAGGAUAAGCAACUGAGGAAAGAAAUUUCUGAUUUUAAACUUGGAAUCGCUAAAGAUGCUGAAAUUUUAGUCAAUGAAUUUUUUCCAAAGAAAUGUAUUGAACUAGAUAAAUUUUUAAAAGAAGAUGUUUUACAGACUGAAAACGUCAGAAACAUUGCACAAAAACUUGAAAUUCCCAUUCCAAAUGCAGUUAUUGUGCAAGACUUUAAUAACGUUGAUGGUCAUGUUACGAGCCCCAAAAAACGUAAACUUGAUGUAGGACCGGGAGGUGACAUUGAUGGUACCAAAGUAUUUUCAUUUGCUUGUGGUCCAGUGCCCUGCAAUAAAAAUCUAAUAGCAAUAAUCGAUCGAAUAAAACCCGAUAUUCGUCUACUGAUGGAAAAAGUUAAUACUGUUCGAAUGUGGGUGACUCAUCUUAUUCCAAAAAUUGAAGACGGAAAUAAUUUUGGAGUCUCAAUUCAAGAAGAUACUCUUGCGGAGUUGAGACAAGUUGAAAGUGAAGCGGCUUCAUUUCUAGAUCAAAUAUCACGAUAUUUUGUCACAAGAGGUAAAAUUAUCACCAAAGUAGCGAAAUAUCCUCAUGUUGAGGACUAUCGUCGCUUUGUUGAGGAGAUCGAUGAGAAAGAAUUUCUUAGCUUGAGACUUAUAGUGUGUGAGCUGAGAAAUCAUUAUUCCAUUCUUCAUGACUUGAUUCUAAAGAAUAUCGAAAAAAUCAAGAAACCGAGAAGUUCAAACAUUGAUGGAAUGUAUUGAAGUCUAAAACUUUGACGAGAGAGUAUGAUAUGAUCCAAAAAACUACAGAAAGCCAGGAUAUGAUUGGACUCAAGAUGGCUGGUGCAAGAAUUAGUUCAUCCUCUGUAUUUGACGAGGCAUUUUAUUGAAAACAUUUUUAUUACGAAUAAAAGUUCACCAUGAAAUUUUUUUAGCUUGGUAAAAAAUUCAUUCAUCUGUUUUUAUGCUUAUGUGUUUUGAGCCUGUCUAAUAUUAUCACAAUUGCUGUUUCGCAUUAAUUUACUAUUUUAUUAUUUCAUUCAGUCUGCCAUUCUUUGUGUUUUAUCUGGCUUUUAUUGUGAGGGUAUUUGAAUAAAUUAUUUGACAAACUAUGGAAUCAGGAUGAUAAUACGCAGGUGAUGGAUAUACAAUGAUAAAAAAUAUUGUCCAAAUUCCAGUUGCUAAAUUUAGGUGUAUUGUUGAAUUUAGGAGGUUUUGAUUGUAUCUUAUUUUAUUAUCUGGUUCAAUUAUUGUUAGCUCUGAGUGUUUAAAUCUCGUUAUUAAAUUGUCAAUUGUAUAGGAUGCCCAUUCAAAUAAAUUCUAAUCCGUAUUUAUUCAUAAAGCACAACUGUUGGUAAUAAAUGCCUUCCCUCCCCACUUGCAAAGACUUUGAAAGUGUUAAGAUACUAUUUUCCAAUUGUUGGUUGUUGUAACAUUAAUAAGUGAAGCAUCACUUAGAAGAAGACUCCUCUCAUACUAUUUAAGACUCUGACCCCUAUUAGUCAAUCAUUUACUGAUUACCAGUUAUACAAAAUAAAAUUUGAUUUCUAAAUUGGCCAAAUACAUAAAACCUGUAUUUGUUAUAAGCCAGACCUAGUUAGAUUACGACGUUAUGACCAUAUCAAAAUAAGACUCCCUGUACUAUUAAGGACUCCAACCAUAUUAGUCAAUCAUUUACUAAUUACUAGGUAUACAAUUUGAUUGUUUAUUAUUAAAUAAAAUUCCAAAUUUCCCAAAUACAUAAAUUCUGUAUUUGUUUUAAGUUAAACCCAGAUAGCUUACGUCGCUAAGACCAUAUUGUUAAUAUUACUAUACCCAUUCCGAUUUAUAACCUUGAUGGUUUUCCAAUAAAUGUAUCUCGUUGUUAAACUGCCUGAAUCAUGGUACUGCAUAUUCCUGAUUUCUGUAUAUUUAUACCUGUUACAUCUUGUCCUCUUCGAUUUUGUAAUACACGCCUGAAAAAUUAGGAUCUUUUUUAGAAAGCCCCUGACAAAAAACAUCCCAGCGCUCAAAAUAAAAAAAUUGGUGAUUAUCCAAUUACAAUUAAAGAAUGAUAGAAUUCAUCUGUGAAUUCAGCGAUGUCAGGGUUAGCGAACCUGCAAUUACCUAAAACAGGGCAGGUGAGGGUGUUGUUCUCAAGGUGGCGGGAGCUUUCUAUAAAAGGUCCAAAAAUUAAAUUGGUAAUAUGGUGGGGAUGGAAAAAAAGACCUAUCUUUUCAAGCACCAUUUCCACCAGGUCUGCACGGUCCGAUCAAGUCUGCAACCUUGGAUUCAGGAUUUAUGAUAGAAAUUAACUCUUGCUCAUGACUUCGUAGUAGAUUUGAAUAUGAAAACAUUAGUAAUUGUCGUAUUUACUGUUUUGUAUGUAUAUAAUUAUAAUGGAUUAGCAUUGUAUUCUGUGGUGUCUGAGACAGUCAUUUUUUUUUCUUGUUAUUUGUUUUUAGACGAUUGUUUUGUAGUAGCUCCCAACCAGUGAAAAAAACAUUGCUGAACAGCAUACUAUUUAUCCAAACUGAUUUACCACUGUAUGUGGUUUGUAAUUUAUUCCAUAUUUGUUUAAAUAAAUACUGUAGAAUUUCACAUCGAUUAUGACGCAAUAAUUUUACAUUAAUGCUGGUUGCAAUUUUAGAAUUGGUGAUAAUUUUGAUGGCUAUUAGUGCGAUUGUCAAGUUAUGUAAUGGAAGUGAACAUCCUCAUUAAUUGAGUUCAUCGUAAGUCAUUAUGGCACUGUUUUAAGUGAAUAUUCCUGUAAAAAAACUGACACCUGAUCACGGACAUGUUGGCCAUUUCUGUCUUUAUUUUUUUCUUUCAAUUUAAUGAAUCAGUGAUAUUAAUUCUUUGUACA